AAAUCUUCCCUAAAAUAAAUGUAAACUAUUUCUAACAUGUUCAGUUAAUUAUGAUGAAUAAAAUGUUGUUAAAACUGAGGAACAGUUACUACAAUACCUGACUAAAGAAGUGAUUGUGGAAAAAGCCAAAUUGGGAAGACCUGAUAAAAUGUGUGAAAGAGCUCCACCCAGUGGACUUCUGUGGUAAUUACCAGAAACUUCCUGAAGCCUCUGGAGCGCCGCCUGCUAGAAUAUAAAGCUGAGACAGUCCCACUGACUGACAGGAAGAAACACAAGCAACACAGGAGAGAAGAGAAACCUGAAGUUUCAUCUAUCCAGCAAACAGAUUUACUACUGCUGAGAAGAAGCAUGCUGUGUUCUCGUGGAUUUCCCUAUGCAGUGAGGCGAUUCACCAACUUUCCCUGGCCUGUACGCAGCCUGUGGCCAGAGGUCAGACCUCUGUUCAGAACUGAGUAUCUGUUGCAGAAAACCCUCCAGGAUCUGCGCAGCAGUCUGCAGCUGAUGGACAAAUUUCAACACCAGAUCCUGGAGGACACAGAGCCUUUCAGGAGGAGCGUGGCUCUGCAGCCAGUCUCCUACCAGCUGGACAAAGAGGGAGAGCACUUUGGCCUCACCCUGGAUACUCAAGGCUUUUCUCCAGAAGAGCUGUCAGUCAGGCAGGUGGGCAGGAAGCUGAGAGUCAGUGGGAAGACAGAGAAGAAAGAAGAAAAUGGGAAAGGCUCCUACUCUUACAGACUGCAGGAGUUCAGACAGGAGUUUGAUCUGCCUGAAGGGGUGAAUCCUGAGAACGUCAACUGCUACCUUUCUCCAGAUGGAAAGCUCCACAUCCAGGCAGCCAAAGUUCCUUGUGUGGAGCCAGCUGAGAGAGAGCUGACUAUCAAGAGGAGCUCAGAGGAGGAAACACAGCAGAGUGUGUGUUCACCAGCAGAAGACAGCCAAUCAGAGACAGACAACAGAUCAUAGAACAAACCAGCAAACAAGGACUGACAAACAUGCUGAUGUGCCAAUAGGAUGAUUAUUCAUUUAUUUCUUUACUAAUGGCCUUAAGUGGAUAAAUUGAUGUUUUGUACUUUGUUUUUAAGAGCAACAUAUGUAAAAUAAAUAAAAUGUAAAAAGCAAAUUGUAGAAGUG